UUGAACUGAGAGAGAGAGAGAGAGAGAGAGAGAGAUGGUAGGAUCCCAGUGUUGUGAGAAUCCACCAGAUCUUAGUUUAAUAUCAGGAAGUAGUGGGUGCGUUGAAAAUAUUGGAGGUCUCGAAAGCUAUAUCUCUGGUUCUUUGGAUUCAAAGCUUGGAAUUCUUCUUGUUUCUGAUGUUUUUGGAUUUGAAGCACCUAACUUGAGGAAGCUGGCAGACAAAGUAGCAGCUGCUGGGUACUACGUUGUGGCUCCUAAUUUCUUCCAUGGGGAUCCUUUUACUCCUGAAAAAAAUCUCAUGUAUUGGUAUCAGUUUCAUCUAGCGGAAGAUGCAGCUGAAGAAGCUAGACCAGUAAUUGAAGCUCUAAGAAGCAAGGGGAUUAGUGCAAUUGGAGCGGCAGGGAUUUGCUGGGGUGCAAAGGUACUCGUGGAACUGUCGAAGUUAGAUGAUCUUAAAGCUAUAGUGAUGCUCCAUCCUUCACUAGUUAGUGUAGAUGAUAUCCAGGAAAUUAAGGUGCCUAUUUCGAUACUGGGAGCUGAAGUUGACCAAAUGUCUCCACCGGAACUUUUGAAAGAAUUUGAAGAAAUUUUAUCAAUUAAAGCUGAGGUCGAUAGCUUUGUAAAGAUAUUUAAUGGGGUGAGACACGGUUGGACUGUGAGAUACAACAUCAAAAAUGAAGAAGCUGUGAAGCGUGCAGAGGAAGCUCAUAAUGACAUGUUAGAGUGGUUCUUUAAAUAUGUGAGGAGUUCUUGUUGUUGCCGCAGAAGUGCUUUGUAGCUAGCUUUUUUUUGAAGCAACUUUGUAUUUUUUUUUUAAUUUUUAGCUAGCUAAUAUUUUGUAGGUCAGGGACAGGGUAUCAAUAAAAUGCAUGCGUCAAAAAAAAAUAAAAAAAAAA